AUGGUGAUCAUUACCAAUAGCCUCCUCAUCAUCGCCAUCAUCAACCAUGUCAUGCUGGCUUACGCCCAUGCGAAGAAGAAAAAACAGAUGGAUCGGCUACGGGACAUGUUCUUCGAGCUGGACGAAGAUGGCUCUGGCGAGUUGAGUAUGGAAGAAAUUGACAAUGCUCCGGAGGGUAUCAGGCAAAAUCUGAUUGAGAUUGCCGGAACCGAAGACAUUCAGUCCCUUUUCGAAAUGCUGGACUACGAUGGAAGCGGUACCGUUGGAACAGAAGAGUUCUGCGAUGGGGUCAUCAAAGCUGCAAACGGCGUCACUCCCGUCGAGAUGAGCCGUCUUAUCAAGCAGAACACGGACAUCCUGCACAACAGCCGUUCCGUCAUUGCCCUACUCAGGGGAGAGGAGGUCGAUAUCGGCUCGCUCGAUGGCUCCGGCACCGACGAGGAGGGCAAGAAGCCGCCGCCGGAUGAAAAGCCGGACAAGCCGGACAAACCAAGGCGGCGGCGCAGCAGCGUCGCAUUUCAGCAAGCCUUGGCCAUGGCGAAGGACUUCGAGGACAAUGACAGUGGUGGUGCCGCCGGUGCGACCAGGGUCGAGCAGCAUCAGAAAGCUCGCGAGGAGGCCCGGCAAGCGCAGCGAGUCACGCAGCAGCGCGUCAAGGGCCUCGAGGAGCGUGUGAGCAACAUGGAGAGGACCAUCAACAGCAUGAGGAGUGAUGUUAGCACCAUGGUUCACACCAUGACGAAGCUAAGCAACCUCUCGAUGAGACCGAGCUCCCACUCCCACCACCAACAUGGAAAUCUCAAAAGAGCCGUUGCAGUCUGCCGUGGGCCGAUCGGCAGCGGCGCUCUGGCAAACCACCCGUCGACGUCGAGCAGCACUCGCUUCUGA